AUGCUGCUCGAAGAUCUACGCCUCGCUCACGAGUCCAUCGAACGCCUCGAAGCCGGUAUCAGCGAUCGCAUCCUCGAUGAUCCCAAACAACUCCGUGCGCGACUCGCCCGCGAUCACGAGAUCAGUGCCUUCCUAAACCAGAUUCAAUCGCAGUCAACCCGUGCACUUCACAUAUACAGCCACGAGCAAGAAGCACGGACAGCCGAGGUGCAAGCCAUAAGCACCGGCGAUGUGUUUGAGGAAUUCUACAAGCAAUUGAACGACAUCAAGGAAUACCAAAAAAGAUACCCGAAUGCGCCAGUGGAAAAUCUCGAGCGGGCGUACAAGAAGGCGGAAAAUGGUGGGCCGGGCUUCGCAGGUGACAUCGAUGGCAUGUUCACUGGCGAGGAAGCUUUCGGGCGCUUCUUUGACUUGACCAUGCUGCAUGAGGAGUAUCUGAACUUGCCUGGAAUAAGAGGAGCGAGGAAGUUGACAUAUCUCCAAUAUCUCGACACGUUCGACCACUUCGCACCACCACAAUGCACCAUCAGCCGGCAGGACAAAAUGACAGACGAGUUCUUCAGCUAUGUGGGCAGUCUGGCGCAGUACCUUGAGAGCUUCAUACGACGUAUCAAGCCGCUGGAAGAUCUUGGUAAGCUGUUUGGAGGCUUUGACGAAGAGUUCGACCAAUCGUGGGAGAAGGAUGAAGUAGCGGGCUGGGAAGCACAGAAAGCACACACGAACGGUACAGCCGCGAACGGGCCGAAGACCGAAGGUACAGGUGAGGGUAUAUGGUGUGCGGACUGCGAGAAGGAGUUCAAAAACGAUAAUGUAUACAAAGCACAUCUGACCGGCAAGAAGCACGUCAAGAAUGCAGAGGCACUGAGUAAUGGUGGCGACGCAAAGAAGACGAAUGGCGCGGCAGCAGUCGUGCCAGCACACGGCGAGCGCCUAAAGGAACGUGCAGUUGCCGAACGCGAACAUCGCAUCCGCAAGCUAGCCUCCUCCAUGACGACCGAACGAGAAGACACCCGUGUGAACGUCGAGCGCAAAGCCGGCAUGACCGACCGUGAACGCCAACAAGAGCUCGCGGCUCUCUACGCCGAAGACGAAAUCAUGACCAACGCCCCCAACGGCCGCACAGGCGAAGAUGGCGAAGAAGGUGACGACGAAGAGAAGAUCUACAAUCCGCUUAAGCUGCCGCUAGCAUGGGACGGCAAACCAAUCCCCUUCUGGCUCUACAAACUCCAUGGUCUAGGCGUAGAGUUCAGUUGCGAGAUUUGCGGAAACUACGUGUACAUGGGCCGACGCGCCUUCGACAAACAUUUCUCCGAGGCGAGGCAUGUUUACGGUCUGAAAUGUCUUGGUAUUGGCGCUCAAACUGGUCUGUUCGCGCAGAUCACAGGGAUAGAAGAGGCGCAACGACUUUGGGAGAAGGUGCAGAGGGACAAGAAGGAGGGAGGUGGAGUUGGUGGGAAGAAAGGGGGUGGUGAGGCUGUGGAGGAGAUGGAGGAUAGUCAGGGCAAUGUGAUGCCUAAGAAGGUUUAUGAGGAUCUGAGGAAGGCUGGGUUGUUUGCUACGAGCAUAAAUGCAGCCGAAUGGAAGCCAGGGAAGGACAAGAUGAUCAUGGCUUGGCAUCGAGCCGGCGUUCGCGAUUAG